AUGGCGGCGCCGCAGAAAUCAGUACCGUCUAAGGGACGCGCGACUCGGCAAUGGUGUUCGACGUCGCGCCUGCUGUUACUAAUCUUCAUCCCCGCUGUAGUGUUCUUGCUGAUAACGAGCGGGCGCAGUCCGGGGAACUGGCGAACGGUCGAAGCGGAGGUGUGGGGAGGCGCGGAGGAGGAGCGCCGAGAGGCUGCUUGGGGCGCAGGCGCAGGCGCGGGGGCGGGGGGGGAUCUGCGGGGAGUGCGGUGGAGCAGCGAGCUGGAGGCGGCGGUGAUUGCGGGGGCCGUGGCGAAGGGCUUUAAGAUGGACCUUAGUACAGCGCGGACUAGACUAAGGACAGAUGCUGACGUGGAGGGGGCCAACAUCGACCACAACAACUCUAUCACCAACCCCUGCUUGACACGUCACUCGCUGCUGCAGCGGGCCUAUCAGGAGGCGCCUCCUGCCGCGCUCACGGCGCUCGGGCAGCCGCGAUUCGUCCAGCGCAGCGGAUACCGGUUGUCGGCCAAUGAAUUCGCAGCGAUUGGGAUGAGCCUUCGUGUGAUGAGAGAGAUCACAUAUGAUGGGCUGGGCCGCUGCUACUGGGUCGGGCGGGACGGGCAGCAUUUGACGGGCAGGCUGAGGGGAAUUUACCCUGGAGAGCACCAUUUAUUGAUGUAUGAGACGGCAAUAUACCAUUGCAAACUCGCAGCGGAAAGCACGGGGAACGGUGGUGGCACGGUCAUGAUUCAACUAGACCACACUGAUGUUCCCAUUUAUAGUGAACCACCGGCACCAGCAUCAGCCCUCUCGUCCCUCCUCCCCACACACUCCCACUCGCAAACCCACCCCACCACACACGCUGCUACACAUGUCGCUACACAUGCGAGCACUUCAGCCCACUCACCCGCCCAGACACACACGUCUCUUGCGCACUCCAGUCCAAGCAACGCCACCCAAUCGCACAACAGACAGGGCUACGGCUUGCAGCAUUGGGGCGGCAAGGGGAGCCAGCGGUUUGAGUACGAGCUGGCCUUCUGCUCCUUCCCCAUGUACCGUGACCUCAACCCCUCCACACUGCAAGUGUGGCUGCAGGUGGCAUAUCAUUACCUCAAAGUGGACUACUUCGUGCUCAGCGAUGGGGGUUCUGUGGACGACACUAUAAUGAAGGUUCUAUCCCCGUUUGUAGAUGCCAACAUAAUGGAAAUAGUCGACAUUCGCGGCGCAUACGCAUUCGAGAACAAACAGAACGUGCUAACCCUAAAUGACUGCAUGUACCGUCUCCGCUCCGCCGCCCGCUGGGUACUAUUCAUGGACUUCGACGAGCUACUGUACAUAGCCCCGCCGCCCACCCCGCCGCCCGAGCCAGAAGCAGACGAAGAGGGCGAAUACACGCCCUCUGGCCGCAAGCGGAGGAAAAAACGGAAAAGGCACGCCAAGCCGAAACCGGUGGACAUAGCUGCAGGGUCCCUCCAUAACAUCCUUAUGCAGCAUAACGGGUCCGCUUUUAUCACGUUCGGGAGUGUGUGGUGGUCUGUGGAGUAUUGUCGACCGCCCACUCCCGCUCUCGCGCUCCCAAUUCAGCGGAUGCGGUUUCAUUGGCCGCAUGUGUACUGCGUGGGAGAGAAGGACAUGGGGUACUCGCCGAAUCACUGCCUCAACUUCUAUGGUCAUCGCAAGUUUCUGGUUGACCCACGACAAGUGUGGGCUGUGCAGGUGCAUCGCCCCAUAGAACCACUGGAGGGCGGCGUGCAUUUGACUCCUGAUGUGGCCUACCUCAACCACUUCCAG